AUGACAACAUCAAUUGUUAAUGAAAAUAAUAAAAGUAAAAAAGGGAUAGGUGGUGGUAUUGAAUUAACAAUAUCACCAAAUAAAAUGGGAACAAAUACAGAUAUAAAUGAAUUAUUAUUAUCAUUACCAGAUCUCCACAAAAGGUUUGAAGAGAACCCUGAUGAUUCAGAAAACUUUAUCAAAUAUGUUAUUUUAUUAAUUUUUUUAAAGAAAAAAGCAACAUCUCCAGAUUCAUCAUCAUCAUCAUCAUCUUCGUCAUCAUCCUCUUCCCCAUCAACACCAACACCAACCUCCUCACCAUCAACAAGAAGAUCUUCGAAAUCAUCCACUACCACCACCACUUCUACAACAAAUAAUAAUAAUAAUAAUAACAAAGUUUCAAUAAAUGAAGUUUUUAUUUAUAUUGAUAAAUUAAAGAAAUCACCUCUAAUUGCAUCAGAUUUAUUUGAAAUAUCAUGUAGUAAUCCAGUAUUGGUACCAAUGGGACCAAUUAAUAGGGUAGAUCAUUAUAAUCCUGUUUCAAUUCCAAAAUUUAAUCAGGCUGUAUAUUAUAACUUUAAUGGUGGUGGAGAUGGUAAAGUAAAUUCUCAACAACAACAACAAUCAUUAUAUGGUAAUGUAGAUAAAGCCUCGACAACUACAACCACCACUACAACCACCACCACAACAACAACAACAAAUACUACAACAUCAACAUCAAAAUCAUCAAUAUCAAUAAAUAAAAAUAUAAAUAUAAUUGGAAAUAGCAGAGAUAGAUCAUCAAGUGCACCAGUUAGUAUUUCAAAGGAUAAAAAUAUUUUAGAGAUAGAAGGUUUAAAAUCUUCUCAAAAUACUUUAUUACCAAACUUAUCAAAUUUUCAAAUUGGUAAUUCACCACCAUUACCAUCUUUUAUUCAUAAUAAUUCUAAUAAUCCUAAUAAUAGUUUACAAAAUAAAAAUAGUAGUAGUAGAGGUAUUAAUAAUAAUAGGUCAAGUUUAAAUAUGGGAUCAGCUCCAUCUCCACUAUAUGUCGAAGAUGAUUAUAAUCCAAAUGAAGAUGAUAGUGAUAGCGAUAAUGAUAAUUAUAACGAUAAUAAUGAAUCGACAACAACAACAACAACUACAACAACAACUACAACAAAUUUAAAAGAAAAAGCAAUUAAUAGUUUAGGUAAUAUGAGUGAUAGUAGUGGUGAUUUACAUUUUGAAAAAUUAUCAAUUGGAGAUUUAGAAGCGUUGAAAACAAAGAUUAAUAAUUCAAAUGGUUUAGGUAGUUUAUUUAAAAAGGAAGAGAUUGAAAAACCAACUGAACCAAUUAGAAAUUGGUCAUUAGAUUUUUGGAAUGCUUUACAAAUGGAUCAUAAUUGUGGUAAUGAAAAUUUAAAAAGAAGUCAAAAAAUUCAAGCAAUUGCAGAAGAAUUUGUAAAUGUUGCAACAAAACAUGGUGUAACUAUUAUUCAAGAGAAAGGAUUAUCAAGUGGAUGGACAAUACCAUCAUAUGAUGCAGGUGGAGUUGCAGGUGGAUUAAAAUAUUUAAAGAGUGGUAUAUUUUUUAAGUUUGCAGUAGAUUGUUAUGGUAUUUAUGGUGGCGAUGCAUUUGCAAUGAAGUCAGCAGGUCAUGAAUUAAAAGGGUUAAUGGGAUAUUUCAAUUGUCAAAUCGAUGGUUUGUUUUUACCAUUGAUGACAUUGAUCGAUUAUAUGGGUUAUAGAUUAAUUGCAACAUCUCAACUUAAUAUCGAUGGUGAUAAAACAUUGGUGUAUGGAUCCAAUGAUGGUGGUGAAACAGUUUAUAAUAAAAGCGAAGAGAUGGAAGACAAAAUGAGAAAAGCCGGUGAAAUAUUGAAUUUAAAAGGUCAUUAUACUGGUCAGAGCGAUAAUAAAACAUUUCUAUAUGGGCCAUGCGAUAUUGAAGGACAUAUCACAAAGGAUAAUCAUUUCGUUGUAAUCGAUACAGCUAGAGUUUUCCCACCAGAGAAGCCAAUACCCGGUAAAACAGGUUCACAUCUUUAUACACUUCUUAGACCCGAAUUGGUACGAAGUUCAAAGAUGCCCCUAUCCUCUGAUGCCUUUACAAAGUUUGCUGGUCCCGAUAGAGAUAAAAACAAUGAAGAGGUUGAAAGAUCACAAAAACGUUUACUCAAUCAUAUCAUUCCAAGUUUUGUAUUAUUAAUGAAUCAAAAAGUAAAGAAAACAAAAUGUAAAAAUAUUAUGGAACUUUCUCAAAAUCUAAUGUUAAUCGAUAGUAUGCAUCGUGAAGGUAUAAACGUUCGUUAUUUACAACGUUUAAAAAAAACUGAUUUUCAUGCAAUUGACCAACGUUUGUCAACAAUUAUAAAUACUGAAAUUAUAGCUAGAAAAAUUAAAAAUAGAUUAAGAAGUUUUUUAAGAUCAUUACCAUUAAUAAAUAAUAAUAAUAAUAAUAAUAGUAUAGAUAAUAAUAAUAAUAAUAAUAAUAAUAAUAAUAAUAAUAAUAAUAAUAAUAAUGAUGAUAAUAAUCCGAAUAAUAACAAUAAUAUAAAUUAUAAUAUUAAUUUACCGGAUAUUUGUAAAUUUUUAAAUAGAAUGAUGUGUAUUUCAUUAUUACAAAGUUGUGAUUUAGAUGGAUUUUCUUUGGAAUUGUUAUUGUAUAGAAUUUCACAAAUGAUGGGUAUUGUAUUUAGAGAUGGUUUAUAUAAAAAAUUGGGUGAUCAAAGUGAAUCCAUACAACCUGAUGAUAUCAUUUCUAUUACACCAAAAGUUAAAUUUCUUCACUCCAUUCCUUAUCAACAAGGUGUAAGUUUAUUUCAUCAAGCAAUUUCAUUAUCAAAACAACAACAACAACAACAACAACCACAACCACAACCACAACAACCAACAAAUACUUCAACUACUACUUCAACUUCAAAUAAUACUUCAAAUAAUAUUAAUAAUAAUAAUAAUAAUCCUGACGGAUCAAAUGAUGGAAGUGAUGAUAAUAUUAAUAAUAAUAAUAAUAAUAAUAAUAAUAAUAAUAAUAAUAAUAAUAAUAAUAAUAAUUUAACAAAUUCUGCAGAUAAUUUAUUUAUACAAGCAGCAGAGAAAUUUAAAGUAGCAAUUCAAUCAAAACCAGAUGAUUAUGAAAUACUUACACAUUGGGGAAUUUUAUUAUCAAUGCGUGCAAGAUUAAUUUCAAAUAAAACAUAUAUCAAAGCACAUGGUAAAGCUGAAAUUGAAAAAUUAUAUCAGUCUGCAAUUGAAAAGUUUCAACUUGCUGUAAAACUUAAAAGAAAUCAUCAUUAUGCUCUCUUUAAUUGGGCUGAAGCUUUAAGAGGUUGGGCUGCCAUUAGACCUGGUACUGAUAUCGCUCAUGAAUUAGAGAAAAAAGCAAAAAUGAAGUUAAAAGAGGCCGGUGUAUUUGAAAAGAGAUGGUUCUUUCAAACACUUGAAACUCAAGGUGUUGCAUCUCUACUUUCUGGUGCACCUGCUGGUGGUUUCAUCAUUAGAAAUUCUAAUAGUAGACCAGGUUCAUUUGUAUUCUCUUAUUUAUCCGAUCCUCAUAGAAAAAUAUUACAUUCAAUCAUUAAAUCAUCUUCUCAUGGCUAUCAUGUUGAAAAUUUACCACCAAGAAGGGUUAGUAGCAGUAGUAGUAGUAGUAGUAGUUCAAGUUCAAAUUCAAGUAAUAAUAUACCAAAAAGUGGUUCAUCACAAAAUUUAAAUGAACUUUUAGCAUCAAGUUUAAAUAGUAGUGGUAGUAGUGGAGGUUCCAAUAUAUCGCCAACUAAUAGUAGUACAACUUCUCCUACAAUUUCUCGUUCUUCAAGUGUAAACAAUUUAAAUCAAGAACUUAAAUUCAAUGAAGCUAGUACUACCGUUCCCACAAGAAACUCAACUUCUUUAAGUGGUCAAUCACCAACAACAACUGUUUCUUAUAAAACUUUGGAAGAAUUUGUUUCUGAUAAAAUUAAACAAGGUUAUAUUCCAAUUACUAAGGAUUGGUGGGAAUAG